UUGCAUGAUGUUGAACCUGACCCCUCAUUUAUAUCUUCUCAUCUGCCUUCAUUCAUUACAACGCCUUUAAAUCUCCCUCCACCAUUCAUCUUCUUCAUCCACCAUUGUUACAUCUUCAUCUCAAUCUACAACUCUCCCAAAAUGCCAGAAAACUUGCCAGACUUCUCAUCAUCCGUCAAACUCAAGUAUGUUAAACUAGGUUACCAAUACCUAAUCAACCACAUCCUCUUAUUCUCACUAAUCCCAAUCGCAUCUGCAGUCACGGUCCAUCUCCUGAACCGCGGCCCAGACGCGAUCCUAAAAACCAUAACAUCCAUACAUCUUGAUGUUGUGCAAACAACAUGUUUUGUGUUUGUAAUUGUCUUUGUUUCAACAAUCUACUUCAUGUCAAAACCUAGAUCAAUUUACCUAGUUGAUUACACGUGCUACAAGCCUCCGAUCACGUGCCGUGUCCCGUUCUCCACGUUCAUGGAACACUCUAGGUUGAUCUUGAAAGAUAACCCUAAAAGUGUUGAGUUUCAAAUGAGGAUUCUUGAACGGUCUGGUUUAGGUGAAGAGACAAGUUUGCCCCCCGCGAUUCAUUAUAUUCCGCCUAAACCGAACAUGGAGGCCGCUCGGGGUGAGGCGGAAGCCGUGAUAUUCUCAGCUAUUGAUAAUCUGUUUGCGAAAACCGGGUUGAAACCGAAGGAUAUUGAUGUGCUUAUAGUAAACUGUAGCUUGUUUUCGCCGACACCGUCGUUGUCGGCGAUGGUUGUGAAUAAGUAUAAGUUAAGGAGUAAUAUUAAGAGUUAUAAUUUGUCCGGGAUGGGAUGUAGUGCCGGAAUAAUCGCCAUUGAUUUAGCUAGAGACUUGCUUCAGGUUCUUCCGAAUGCGAAUGCGGUUGUAAUUAGCACCGAAAUUAUCACACCAAACUAUUAUCAAGGGAACGAGCGAGCGAUGCUCCUUCCCAAUUGUCUUUUCCGAAUGGGUGCCGCUGCGCUUUUGUUAUCCAACAAACGGCGCGAACGUAGCCGCGCCAAGUACAAGCUCGUCCAUGUAGUCCGAACCCACAAAGGUUCGGACGACAGAGCGUACAGCUGUGUAUACGAACAAGAAGAUCCCCAAGGACUCGUCGGAAUCAAUCUAUCCAAAGAUCUAAUGGUCAUCGCUGCAGACGCCCUCAAAUCAAACAUCACUACCAUGGGUCCAUUAGUCCUUCCGGCAUCCGAACAACUCCUCUUCCUCUUCACCCUCAUUGGCCGGAAAAUCUUCAACCCUAAAUGGAAACCCUACAUUCCUGACUUCAAGUUAGCAUUUGAGCAUUUUUGCAUACACGCAGGCGGGCGGGCAGUGAUCGACGAGCUUCAAAAGAACCUCCAGCUCUUGCCGGAGCACGUGGAAGCCUCACGAAUGACGCUGCACCGAUUCGGGAACACAUCUUCAUCCUCAUUGUGGUAUGAAAUGAGCUACAUUGAAUCAAAAGGGAGGAUGAAGAAAGGUGAUAGGGUUUGGCAAAUUGCAUUUGGAAGUGGUUUCAAGUGUAACAGUGCGGUUUGGAAGUGUAACCGGAAUAUUAAAACUCCGGUUGCCGGACCGUGGGAAGAUUGCAUUGACCGGUACCCGGUACACAUCCCGGAGGUUGUGAAGCUUUGAAUUGUUGCAUUAACAGGCGACAAUAUAUUAAUUAAUAUUAAUAUUAAUAUUAAUAAAUACAGUUCAAAAUCGUUGUUGUUUUUACAAUUAUUUUUUGUUUUAUUUUCUAGCUUUUCUUUGUUAUAUUUUUUCUGUUUUUUUACUUCUAUUGUUUUCAGCAAAAUUAAAGAUAUGUAGUUGUAAAACAAGAUUUGAUGUCUUAUAUAAUGUUGUGUAUCAAUAUUCAAUAGAUU